AUGGCGAAUUUGCUUAAACUUGAAGAUAAAGUUGAUGCUUUAAUACAUGUUUCUAAAGUUUUUAUUCGUGAUUGCCCUAAUGGUCGAUUGGAUAAAAAGAAAUUUCAGGAAGUUUACGCUAAAUUUUAUCCUCAAGGUGAUCAACUUUCAUUCGCAUUUGAUUUAUACGAUAUUUCUGAUGAUGGACUAAUCGAUCAAACGGAAUUGUAUGAACUCAAUGGUGGCAUACAUGAUCGAACUGGAGAUCAUAAUCCAAAGACACGCGCUGCUGAGAUCAUUGCUAGUCUUGAUGUUAGUGGAGACAAAAAAUUAUGCAAAGAAGAAUUUAUUUCUGGGUGCAAGAGCGAUCCUUAUCUUCGUGAAAUUUUUGCUCCUAACGUUUAA